CCCACAGCCCAACAGAUUGCUUGUGGACAAAAUGCUUCUGGAAAUCCUGAAUCCGAUGCACUAUAAUAUCACCAAAGUGGUCUCUGAAAGCAUCCCGACAGUAGCUACUGUACCACUCUUGCUCCUGAUGGGAUUCCUUUUCCUGAUUUGGACCUGUGAAGAAACAUCUUCCAUACCAGGACCUGGCUACUGUAUGGGAUUCGGCGCCCUUAUUUCCCAUGGGAGAUUUCUCUGGAUGGGAGUGGGCAGCGCCUGCAAUUAUUACAACAAGAUGUAUGGAGAGUUCAUGAGAGUCUGGAUCAAUGGAGAAGAGACGCUCAUCAUUAGCAAAUCGUCAAGCAUGUUCCACGUCAUGAAACAUGGACAUUACAGUUCUCGCUUUGGCAGCAAGCCUGGAUUGCAGUGCAUUGGCAUGCAUGAAAACGGCAUCAUCUUUAACAAUAACCCGACUCUCUGGAAAGAGAUCCGUCCAUUUUUCACAAAGGCCCUUUCUGGACCGGGUCUUGUACGGAUGAUAGCCAUCUGCGUUGAAUCAGCAGUUGUACACCUUGACCAGUUGGAGAAAGAGACCACCGAGUUGGAACAUGUCAACACCCUGAAUCUUAUGAGACGCAUCAUGCUUGACACUUCAAACAAGCUUUUUCUUGGCAUCCCUCUUGAUGAACAUGCCAUUGUGCUGAAAAUCCAGAACUACUUUGACGCCUGGCAAGCUCUUCUCCUGAAACCUGACAUUUUCUUUAAGUUCUCCUGGUUCUACAAGAAGUACGAGAAGUCUGCGAAAGACCUGAAAGAAAGCAUCGAAAGCUUAAUUGAGCAGAAGCGACAGAAGCUCUCCACCACCGAUAAGCUGGAGGAACAUAUGGAUUUUGCUUCAGAGCUGAUUUUCGCUCAGAAUCGUGGUGAGCUGACUGGCGAAAACGUGAACCAGUGUGUUCUGGAGAUGCUCAUUGCUGCCCCGGAUACACUGUCGGUGACGCUGUUCUUCAUGCUGGUGCUGAUUGCAGAGCAUCCUCAAGUGGAGGAGGCCAUGAUGAAGGAAAUAGAAGCUGUGAUGGGUAAGAAGGAGGAGAAGGAGAAGGAGAAAGAGAAAGAGAAAGAGAAAGAGAAA